CUGUUAACUUGCUACUUGAAAUCGUGAACGCUGGUUUGCUUUUUUAACCAAUAAAAAUGUAGUAAAUUUGACGUUUACUGAGAACAUGAAAACAACAUCUUUUUGUUUACAAGCUGAUCAAUACUUUGUUGUUUCUUUAAUGUUUAGAUUGGUCAGCCUGCUAAAGGAGAAGGACCCAGUCCGAUUCAGAAAUGCGGGUUUGCCAAAACUCAGACAGCCUCAAGCUGAACAGCUUUCUGACCCCAAAGGGCAGAUCUCCAGGUGAAUGGAUUAGGGGCACUUUUCAGAGAUUUAGGGGAAGUUCCCCACAUUCUGGAGACAGCAGCCCCUCUUCAACCUAUGGACAGGACUCGCCUGUUGAAGAAGAGACUACAGAAGUCAUCCCCACAUUUGAUGAGCUUCUUGAAGCAGGACGUUUAAGUGAAGCCUCUCAGCAGCUGAUUGACAGGGAGAAUGAUCUGUUUCAGGAGGUGACAGAAGAAGGGUCACUUCAGCAGCCUUCAGUAGAUCGGUUAGCUGAGGACCGCAGAGCCCUGGAAAAGCAUUUAACCGAGACUCUUCAGCAAAGUCUGUCUCUAAGCCUUGAAGACAUUCACAACGAGGCAGCAGUGCAUGCUCUGACAACAGCCUUAACAUCUGCUGUGAAGGCUGUCCACCAGGAGGAGGAACAGACCCUGCUGAGGGAACAAAGGGGAUGCAAAGCACUCAGCUGCUGGAAGAAGCUCCACGACUCAAGUCUACUCAGUUUAGUGGAGAGACGAAUGGAAAACCCACUGGAGAGUCCUGUCAGCCAAGCAGAGCAGUCAUCAAUCCAGACAGACAUCUAUAGCAUGGGAAGGCAGCUGAAACAAGACCUCCUGUUUGUGGUGAUUGUGGUGAAGAGCUGCUACCCCCCACAAUCAAACAUCUGUCAGUUCUAUGCCUCCCUGUACCACCAAACCUUCAGCGCCAGGCUCAGGAAGAUCGCAGACUUCGGUCUGGAGGACAAGGACGCUACUUUCCUACUGCGCUGGGUGAACGAGUAUUAUCCAGGGAUCUUCCAGAAACCAGAACUUUCCAGUGAAAUUGAUUCUGCAGCUUUGGGGAAACUGCUACCCAAAGAGCUGCUGGAGCCGCUGGAGGAGCAGUACCUGAGCAAGCAGAAGACUGACCUGUCAGACUACAUGAACCAAGUCCUGCAGUUGGAAGACAGGAAAUGGACCAGUGGAGAGGAGGCAAAGAAGGAGGACGGCUGCUACACCAGUCCUCUGGCCUAUGACAUCAUUCAGGGUAUCAAUGGGAUGGUGAAAGCAGCAGAAAAAGUCACAGGAAAUCGUCAGAAAGCCCAGACAAUAACACACCAACUCCCUGGUUUUAUGACAAAGUACAAGCAUUUACAAUCAGUCCUCCAGGUGAACAACCAGAUCAGCCACAUCAAAGCAAGCCUCUGCUGUGUGGAGCAGUUCAGGGAUGUACUUCUUGGGGAAAACCACUUGUUCCCACACGAGGUGAAGGAGGAGUGUUUAGGUCUUCUGAUGGACAUCGAACAAUCUGCUCACUCUUGUUUAUUAAUCCCCAUUCACAAGAUUCUCAUGCCGCAGUACAAGAAGCUGGGAACCACUGACUGGCUGAGAAAGAAUGGAUUUGAGAAACUCUGGAGGAGCUUGGAGGUAGAGCUGCUGAAAUUUCAGGAUGUGCCUCAUCUUGGUCGCCAGGAGCUGAUUGGUAGACUCCACCAGGAGGUGACGGAGGAGUACGUCAGGAGGCUCCUGAGAAGAGACGUCAAACUGAAGGACCGGGAGCAGCAGCAGAGGGCUUACACCAUCGUCACACAAAACGCAGAAAGUUUAAACACACUGUUCAGCAGAAUGGGAUCCAAACAGGACUGGUUAAAGGAAAUCCUGAUCAAGAUAGCAGAAGUCUUGAGGCUCCAAGAUGUUCCUGCUCUACAGAUGCACAUCGCUUCACUGGGAUCUGCCCAUCCCGACAUCAGUGAAAAGCAUGUUGUCGCUUUGCUGAAACUCAAGACUAACAUCUCCAAAAUGGACAGGAAAAAGAUCAUAACUACUCUCUCAGACACGUUGAAAGAAACCCGCGCUGGUGGUGACGCUCGGCUGUUUUUCUCUAAAGUUGAGAUUCGAUGAGGAUCAUUGGUCCCAAACCAGUUGUUUAUAUGGUUGUUCAUGGUUUUUGUGUUCUCUGGGUUAUUUGUUCAAACAUUUACAGAAAAUAAGAUUAUGGAAGGAACAAACCUUCAUAUGUUCUGCUGCUCGAUGAGAUGUCCUUGUGUAAUCUGAGUGUUGAGACAUCGUUUUUAUUUACUGCGUGAAUUCACAACUGUUAUUUCCCUUUUAAAGAAGGUCUGGUUCGUGUUUUCUUUUUUUUUAAACACGUAAAAUCACAUCCCAACAAUCACAAAGAAAAGGGAAAAAAUCAAUAAUUCAUUGCAACCAAUAGUUUCUGAUGAAUGUUCCUGCUUCAGAGUACUUAAAGACUGUUUUGAUUGCUUGUACAUAUUAUUAAUGAGAACUGUCCUUUGUAUUUAUUUCUAACAGUUUCAUCUUGUUUGUUUUUAUCUUCUGUUUUUCUUUUGUCUAACCCUAACCCUUUUCCUUUACCAAGAUAACCCAUCCCACCUCACAGGUGUGGCAUAUCAAGGGGCUGAUUAGACAGCAUGAAUAAUGAACAGGUAUGUCUUAGACUGCCCACAAUAAAAGGACACCCUGACAUGUGCACAGUUUAGCUUUGUGGGGUCGGUGUGCUCUAUUUUUUUCAUGGACCGCAUCAAUUCUGGCAGGAAGUCAAACCAAAACAGAAGAAGCAGGCUGGUGAAUUCAACAAAAUAAAGACAUUUUUCUAAAUAAAA